UGUUGGGCGUUGGAAUGGGCUGCCCAGGGCAGGGGGGGAGUCCCCGGGAUCCCUGGAGGGGUUGAAGAGUCGGGUUGACCCAGCACUGAGGGAUCUGGUGGCGUUGGGGACGGUCAGGGUGCGGGUCAUGCUUGGACUGGAGGAGUUUCAAGGGCUUUUCCAACCGUGAUGAUCCUGUGAUUCUGUGAUUGAAGUUCACUACCAUCCCCUGUCUCAGAAAUUCUUCUCUUCUGGUUCCAAUCCUUGCUUCAGUUUCAGGGUGGUCGUCUUCAUCUUUCUUCCACGCAACGAAAUCUCACCCAAAUCUGGGCAAGACUUCAAGAUGUUCUAAUGAAAAGCUUAGGGUGUCCGAAUUCCCGCCCUCCUCGGCUGCUUCGACGCUGUCUCCAGACAGAUCCAGGUUGGAGAGGAGACCGUGACUAUCCACAGGCCCAUCUUUUGCCUUGCCAGAAACCCCGUCAUGGUCCACAACCUGACGGACAGCGAGGCCUACCUGCCUGGCAACAAGGAGCUAGAGCCCCUCAAAUACUGCAAGGUGGCCGCAGCCGCCUCGGUGUCCCGGCAUCAAGCGGAGGGCUGCAUCCAGGGCACCGUGUCCCUCCUCUCUUACUGCCUGGGGAAGGGGGAGAUGUCCUGAGGGAUGCCGGGGUGCUCCUCACUGAAGGCAAGACAGUACAAAUGAAGUUCUAUUACGACUUCCUGGAGAUGUUGUCUGGGAAGGAGAACUUGGAACAAGAGAUUUUCAAGGUCUCCCGGCUGCUGGACAUGGUGGUAUCCCGGAUGGUACCUGUGGCCUCCCUGAGUUUCUCUGGCCAUGCCGUCAUCUUUCCCGAGCUUGAAAUGGAGUUUGUGCACAAACCACCUCUCAGGGCUCUUCUCAAGACCUCGAGACAAGUCCCUGGCGAGAACGAGGAGAAGAGAGUUUCUGCCACCUCUUGGAUAAGUUCCAGUGGGGUGUCCUGGGUUUGCUGCUCCAAGCCCACCUGACAAGUUCCAGGAGAUCACCGGGCAGAAGAAGAGGAAGAUCCAGUCUUUGGUCAGGCAGCAGCCGAUGAUCCUGGAGGAUUCCUCUGGAGAAAAGCAGCCAGGGGACCGGGCAAGCCAAGGGCAAAGCUGCGCUCAAAGACCGAGCGUCAAAGCAGCUCUGAGCCCAAGCGCAGGCAGAGACGGCUCAGAGCUGCAGAAGAGGAGAAGGGGGAGGAGGAAAAGGAAGAUGAGGACAAGUGGUG